AUGACUUCUUCCAAUGUUGCUAUGUCUAUGGACUCGCAUAGCCUCGAUCAUGACGGGAGAUGGAGUUUUCAACCUCUACUUCGCAAGGCAGAACGCUCCCACAGCAAAAUGCCGGGAAUUAGAAAAAUUCCGCUCCGGGCAAUUGGAAUCAUUGCCUUUAUUGCGCUGUUGAAUAUCAUCGUGUGGGUUGCGGCGGGUAUUGUGUUGAGCUACCAUCCAUCUCUGGUCUCGACGGCUGCUCUGGCUUAUUCGCUUGGGCUGAGACAUGCAUUCGAUGCCGAUCACAUCUCGGCUAUCGAUCUGAUGACAAGAAGACUGCUAGCAACUGGGCAAAAGCCAGUGACAGUAGGCACAUUCUUUUCCUUGGGUCACUCAACAAUCGUGAUCAUCACAUCUAUUGUUGUGGCGGCAACAGCUGCAGCUGUUUCCUCGCGCUUUGACAAGUUCAGCACAAUCGGUGGAAUCAUCGGAAGCGGUGUCAGUGCCGCGUUCUUGAUUCUACUCGGUGUUAUGAAUGCAUACAUUUUAUAUAAACUCAUCAAGCAGAUGCAGAAGGUGUUUAAUCUUCCCGAAGGUGCAGAGGACGAAGCAUGGAAGAUUGAGGGUGGAGGCAUUUUGUUCUCUGUUUUGAAGAAGAUGUUCAAACUGAUUGACCGACCGUGGAAAAUGUACCCACUCGGAAUCCUUUUCGGUCUCGGUUUCGAUACCUCUUCCGAGAUUGCACUCCUCGGCAUUUCGUCUAUCGAGGCAGCCAAGGGAACUUCUUUCUGGGUUAUUCUUAUCCUGCCUGCAUUGUUCACCGCCGGAAUGUGUCUGCUUGACACAAUCGACGGAGCUCUGAUGUUCUCUCUUUACAUCCAACCAGCCGCCAACUUCCUCCCAUCGAAGCCAGACGCAGAGACUGCUUCUAUAGCAAGUGACCCAGACGAGCUACCACAGUCACACAACAACCACCGUGACCCAGUGGCUUUCUUGUACUAUUCCAUCGUACUCACGACACUAACUGUCAUCGUGGCAAUUGUCAUCGGUGUAAUCCAGCUACUCACCCUUGUUCUGAAUGUCACCGAUGCCGAGGGCAGGUUCUGGGAUGGCGUUCAGGUCGCUGGUGACUACUAUGAUGCUAUCGGUGGUGGUAUCUGUGGCUGCUUCAUCGUGUUCGGUGGGCUCAGUGUUCUGGUUUACAAGCCUUGGCGCAGGUGGAUGGACCAGAAACAUGGAAAGAAUGUUGUUCAAAAUGAGGAGGGAUAUCGGGAUGAAGAUGAUACUCCGGAUGGUGGCAUUGUUACCCACACUGGGGGUCAGUAUGGGUCCACUGCUGGGAAUGUCGGGAAGGGGGACUCAACUCGGGUCAAUGUGCAAGAGGGUCGGGAGCCGACGCUUGAAGAGCACAUUGUCUGA